GAGGGAGGCGCGGCGUUGAUGUCGAAUGCGUGCAGCUCGUAGUACUGCUUCGUAGCGUUAUCGGGAAAGCGCGGGAAAACAGUGGCGACGAGCGCUCGCAUCAGUUGGCUCGCGGCCGCUGCCAGACAUGCACGGGUCCGCGCGCGCGCUCGCUCUCGCACUCGCGAUACUCGCGCUCGCGUACGCGCGCGCCCACAUACCCUCCCACGACAACAUCUUAAGAAUACAGUUGUGGGAUGCGGAGGGUCUCAGUAGGGAUCCCAUCACCACGCCGGCUCCGGCCACCACGCCAGGCUCGCGUUCCACCAGGCGCCACAAGUUGAAAGUGAAUUUGGACUCGCUGUACGAUGCUAUGCUGGAGGAAGGCCACGACGGAGGGUUCGGCAGGUUCACGCGACAUAAAGUGCGACACAAGCGACGUCGGCCUCGGCAGACCGGCACCGACUUGCCGUGGCGGUUCCACGCCGGCGACAAAGUGCUGAACGUGGCAGUGUACGACGAAAAUGUGCCCUGGGACGUUAUCGAGGCUGACAACAGCGGGACUAUGGUGAAUACCAGUGCAGUGAGUGAGAGUGCCAGUUCCCCUGUGAAUGCGCCGCGGGACGUGGGGCCCCCGAUGCACCUGCGUCAGCCUCCGGACGAGGACCAGGAAGCGAAGGAGGUGGCAGUAGUCCCCAAAUGCUGUCCAAGUGGACAGAACCUUACGGUGGAGAUCGUUGAUGGGACUGUGAAGACAGUCUGCUCCCGGUCUACAUUGACUUUCCAGCCAGUGUUCCAUCAAGCGAAUGAGACUCACAUCUUCAGUUAUGAUACUAAUGUCUACGAGACCCUUGUUGGGAACCCAUGCCGCUAUGAGAAGUACAAAUUAGAACCAGAUAUACACAGUGAAGAUGAGUUUUACCUUCUGGUGAAUGGGUCUCUCUUUGUUCCGUACUCAAGACCUUACCUUCUUGGUACACGGGAUUAUUGCAUGGAGACAUUUUGGAACGAGUCGACACCAGCAGGAGUUACUUUACCAGUUGUCUGCUUUGAUACUCCUAUGGAGGACACAAAGACAUCGUCUACACUCAUCGCCUAUGCUACAGGUUUGCUAAUAUCAGUACCGUUCCUAUUGGCGACGGCCUCAGUGUACCUAUUCAUCACGGAGCUACGGGAUACUCAUGGCAAAGCCCUGGCUUGCCACACUGUGUGUCUGGCGCUGGCAUUCACAUGUUUAGCAGCCACACAACUUGCUGGCCAUGCAUUCCCUGCUGCUGCUUGCACUGUUAUGGCAUACUUGAUUCAGUUUUCAUUCGUGUCAUGUUUCUUCUGGCUGAACGUGAUGUGUUUCGAUAUAUUCCUGAAUGUUCGGAGGUACAUAAACGCAUCAGUAACAAGACGCAGUAUGAGACGAAGAUUCGCGUGGUACUGUGUGUAUGCAGUCCUUUUUCCAAUACUACUGCUCAUAGUGACCAUCACCAUGGAUCUCUCACCAGCAGUGCCUAGCACUUAUCUGAAGCCUAACUUCGGGGUCAAGGGAUGCUGGUUUAAAACGGAUCAAGCAGCAUUACCAUACUUCUAUGGACCAGUGGCACUGAUCCUCUUCAGUAACCUAUGUAUAUUUUUCUUCACAUCAAGAGCCAUAGCUACACAUUACGAUAAACUAAAGGAUGUUACUCCUUUAGAUCUGACACACUCAGACUUCAGUACGUCAGAUGACUGGGUACGGCUCAGAUCAGUACUUGGGCAGCCAGUACCAGAAACAGCAUCUUCACCACCACAAGAAGCUCCCACGAAUUUCAAUCAGAGGCUCAAGAAGUACAAGAAAUUGUUCCGUAUGUGCUGCCUCCUCUCGUUCAUCAUGGGGUUGUCGUGGGUACUGGAAGUAGUGUCAUGGGCAGCAGGUGCAGGCUCUGACGUCAUGUCCGUUUGGUCGGUGUUCGACCUCGUCAACGCACUGCAAGGAGUCGUCAUCUUUGCUAUAUUUGUAUUACAACAACCCGUCCGUUCUCUUGUUAAGUCCUCACAUCUCUUCUCGACCUGCAAAAGGAAAAAGGACGGCUCAGAAGUGUCUGUAGUGAGUGAAAGAAAUAGUAUCAUCGCAGGCGCUGGGAGAAGGGACUAUGUGUAGUGCAGUGAAGUGAACGACAAUGUAGUCAGUGAUCAAGUGAAUGAUAGUGAACAAGACACGUCUCGUGAACAACUUGUUCGCAUUCAAGGUAAUACACUCGAGACUGAUAAUGGUAACAGUAUUAUUGGCUUUGAAGAUUUAGCGGUGAGUGGUGCUCCUCAACUAUAUGAAUAUGAAGGCAAAAUAAUUAACUAUUUUAUGUUAUUAUAAGUCUAAGUUCUUAACGAUGCUUGAGAUGUGGGCGAUUGAGUCUAUUAGAAAUUUUAAUUAGAUGUAAAUAUUUAUGUUAUACUUGUUGUUAAAAGUUAUUUUGCAAAGCAUCACAACGUAAUAAUUCUUGAUCGAAUUGAGUUUAACAUCAGUCCAUAAAAUGUUGUAAAUAAAAAUUACGAUUUGCUUUGAAACCGCUCACAUUGAAAUCUUCAAAGCAUUGCGGAGUAACUGUGAAAGGUGUAUGAACUUCAUUCAUGAUUUCAUUCCUGUGAUAGAGCCUUAAAACUUGUUUAUAAUAUUAUUUGCGAAAGUUCUAUCGUCAUUUUGUUUUGCUUGAAUUGUUUGUUUGAUAGUUAUAAUUAGUGUAAUUGUACGUACUAUAAACUAACAAACUGUUUAUAGGUUAAUUUAAGCAUUUAAGUUACCGUGUUUUAUGGCUGGGUGCUCUAGUUGAUACAACGAUACACAAGGCUUACUUUAUUAUUUAAGUUACGUAGUUAAUGCAAUUGUUAUAUUGAUUAUGUUUGAGUUUAUUCAAGGCAGCCGUGGCUAAGAUCUGCCUAACCCAGCCUCGCUUGUUAAACGUAUGGUUGUUAAUACUUAGUGUAAGAAAAUUAAAUAUUUUUAUAAAGUACAUGACCAAGUUAAUGAUUUUAUCUAAGCAUUAGCUGAUGUGACCUCUGCAUCGGAACCUACAUUCUUGAUAGACGAAAAUAUGUAGUGCCAUACGAUAGAAAAUAGUGAACUGAAAAGUGGUGCAUUUGAUUUCCUUUACGAGAGCUAGUCAUAAUUUAAAUUUAAUAAAUGUUAUAAGCAAGUAGGUUAUUUAAUUUAUUUUCGUAAUUAUUAUUAAGGUGGACAUUUUUGGACCUGUACAGUUUUGUAUCAAAUCACUGGGUUUUGCUGGCAAAACAAUUUAUUGUAAAGAAAUGACGUCAACUAUUUUGUUUUUGUUGUUAAAGACAAAACAUAAUGUAUGUAUGGCCUUAUGCCAUUAGUUAGAAAUACAUAAAAUCGUGUUUAUUUCUCGCAUUUUCUUAAAGACAACACAAGAAUUCUUUGAAUUGUUGUUCAAUAUUUAUCCUUAUGCUAUAAAUAAAGAGGUUUACUAGUUAAUGCUCAAUGUUCAUUCAUAAUUAACGGGGACAGGAAAAUAUUGUGCUUUGUAUUAAUUUUAUUUUGCAUAUAUUGACAGAUUCCACUCAGAAUUAGCUUUUGGGGAAUUCACUAACACUUUUAUAAUUUAAACUACAUAUUUAUAUUUAAGAAUGUUAUUUCUUAUUUUAAGUAUUAGUUUUGUCUUUAUUGUAUUUUUUUUAUAAAUUGUCCCAUUCCGAGACGUUGAUGUCAUUUCUAGAGUUGAGGGUCUAAAACGUCGAAAAUCCAAAAAAAUUAACAAUAAAUCCUGCAAAAUUAACAAAUGUUCACAUUCAACUCAUACUAUUGACUUUAUAAUAUUAUUUUAUUAUAUUCUGUUGCGAUUCAAUUACUUAACUUAUUUAUUUAUUUGAAACUAGCUUGCAAAUGUUAUCGGUACUAAAUUAAAAUAAUAUUCUGGAUAAGACUGGUCGUAUGAAUAAUGAAACGGGAAUACGUAAUAGAGUUAUUAAAAUACCAUUACGUGUAGAUAAGGGAAUGUAUGUGUAAGGUUUGAUGGAGAAUGCUGAAGGAGAUGAUAAUAUAAGGCCUGUUGGCCACAACACGACAUUUGAUGAAUGCAACCUACAAAUGACGGCCUACAAAUUUGACAAAUGCUUACAUCUAGAUUGGAAACAAUGAAAAAUGUCCACGAAGCAGCAACGUCUCGGCAGCCUAUCGUUGUUUGUAGGUUGCGUGUAUUCGUCAAACAACGCGUCGCUUGUGGACAUUAGGCCUUAGUCGUAGUCGGUCGGGACCAAAUGUUGCGCAUCAUGACGUCACUGUACUUUAGAAAAACUUCGCGAUGUUACAUUUGAGACAGUCGUGCCCGUUUUCACGAACCACCUCUGAAUUACCUCCUAAGAGUUACUUAGCGUGAUGUAAUUCCUAAACUGAUUCCUUACUUUUACUGUUAAGUGUCACUUAUAAGUUGGUGAAAUCCAAAAUGUCAUUAAAUAUCACCUAGUUGUUCAGGGGUUCCCUAAAAUUUAGGAGAGUGUGAUGAUAACGGGCAUUGGUCUCAUUUGCCAAGUGGGUUUGCUAUGUAAUUUAUGAAAUAAUAUCACAAUAAACAUGUUGUUUUAUAAGUGAUAUCAAUUUAUUUUAUUCCAACGACAUUUUCUUAAUUAAUAUAUCGAGUAGAAGGUCUUAAAUUUAUUCUAUUUAUGUUUAGGAAUCAGGAAAUAAUACGAAACUAGACUAACGUGGCAAUCUUCCUCGAAUUCAAGAUAUGUAAAUAAUAGAUAUUGUACGUUAGUUACUUAAUACAAUAAGGUUCAUUAUUGCAUGCAACGUUUUGUCCUUUACCGAAUACGGAGAUAGUUCUAUCCAUGUUUUGAAGUCAGCUACGCUUUCGCUAAACAUUAUUUUUCGUGUGGAAAAACUUGAAACCAAAUUAAAAAAAACCCACGACAAUAAUUAGUCUUAUAACUUUAAGUAUAUUUUUAUUUGUUUAAACCCAACUGUUACGUUCUACAUAUUAUGAAAUAUUGAAUCUUUAUUAACAGUAAACGAAUAUUAUAAUGAAAGUAAUGUAAAGAGCUGAGUUUGUAAAAAGUGUAUUUAUCUUAAAAGCUAGAACACAUUUACUAUGUUUUACGAGACCGUCGGCCUCCGAACUAACUUUCUUCAUAACUUUUACACAGCGAAAAUUAUUUUUAAAAUCUAGUUUGUAAGGUUGAAAAUGCAGUGUCUUGUAAUAUAUGGUAAACGUGUCUCCUGUAUUAAAGUUAGCAUGUAUGCGUGUGUAAUUAUGUAUUAUAUUAAUUGUUAAAUGUUGAUGCGGAUUUUUUAAGUGAAAUGACAAUUUAAAAGUGUAUAUUUGUCUAUUUUGCAAAACAUGACGUUAAUAAACAAGCUUUAUAUAAAAUCUUA